UAAGGGUUUUCAGUUUAUGUAGCAGUCCUGUUCCCGGCUUCAUCAGUGAAUCGUCGUCGAAAGUGAUUAUGAAACAUAACAAGGAGAUGAAGGCUGAAGAGCUCCAAGGUCGAGAAGGAGGAUGUGAUCCUCAACUGACUCUUGUAGAUAAUGCAAAACAUGCCAGGCAUGGACUAGCUGUUGGCAUGUUUAAUUCGGGAGAAUGUGAUGAUGCCUACAUUCUCCAGGUCGCUCUCCCAGGCAUUCGUCAUGACAUCAGCAAGCUAUCCGUCAUCGUUCAGAAAACAGGUAAAGUCGUAGUUGAAGGAUGUAUGAUGGAAUCGAAAAUCUUUAAGGGAGCUUCUAUACCCCUAGGAGUGAUAGUGCAGGAGCUUCCACCAGUUGGACCAUUCUCUCUGACAUAUUUCUUGCCGAGUGUGGUUGAUCCGAGGCUAUUCCAGCCCAGUUUUGGAGACGAUGGGAUUCUGAACAUUGUGAUUAUGAAAGAUAUGAAUAAGAUAAAGAAACUGUCUAAUAAUAACUGAUCAAAGGUAAAAAAAAAACAUUCUUCUUCUUCUUCAGUGAGUGUUUAAUUAGUUAAAUUGUGUUUUUUCCAUCUGAGAAAGGGCUGGAUUGGACUGGAUUAAUGCUUAAACAAAUUGGUAUGUGAAGAAGGGAUUUGUUGCAAUAUUCUUGAUGACUUUUGGUUGUUUGUAUUAGAGUAUUUUAUCGCAUCCUUUCAAUAUGAUGGUCGUCUAAAUAACGUUUAUUCUCUA